ACACGCGUUCACAAUCUAACUUCACGAUAUUUGAAUUUCGAACAAUGUUUAUCAUCUGUUAUUAUUUCAGUUCAGUAACCGACAAUUAAACCGACAUUGUAACUUUGUUAUGAGUUAUUCAAUGUUCUGAUUCCAAAAUAAACAUUUAUUUAGGUGGCUUCGUAAUGAAGUUGAAUAAAAUCAAAGUGAUUUUACACAAUGUCCGAGCCUAGCCCGUGCCUAAUCCCUAUUUAUCUAUUUAGUCUACGUCAUAUUCAGCAAUGUACUCACGCAUCACCAAUGCCGCGAUAACGAUGCGAUAAAAAGAAUCUUAUCAUUAUCACUCCACCUCGAUAAAGCUGAACGUGUAGUUGUCAGUGCUGUGAAGUAAAUAAAAAAAAACAAAAUGCGCGCCGUAAAGUUUUUGACGUUAUUUUUUUUAAUUUUCAACCCUGCCACAGCUCAGGAACAAGAGGCUGCAGAGGAAGUGCAAAGAUUAAUAAAGGUGUGUUCAUAUUGUACUUGUAGUGAAAUACCAGAUGUUGAUGGGACUCAUUUAGUUUUGAACAUCCAGUGCUCUGAGUUGGAUAGAAUAGAAAACCUCGCUGAUUUGGAUAAAAUCGAGUGGCCAGAAAAUCCCAAUGGACUGAAGAUAGCUGCGGCUUUCGAGGGCUUGGGCCUUACCACUUUAGGCAAGUUACCGCCCAACUCACAGGUCGAGACUCUUCGCUUCAGCAACAACGCCAUUAAAACCUACUGGCCAGAUCCAUUCAGCGACGUUCCGAACUUGAAGAAGCUCUCCUUCGCACAAAACGAACUAGCCGAAAUCACUCCCGAUUUGUUUACGAAAAUCGAGGCCUUAGAAGACCUAGAUUUAUCUUUCAACAAAAUUACGGAUUUGAAUCCUUUGGAUUUUCAAUACUUGCACCAUGUUAAGAGGUUAAAUUUACAAAGCAACUUGCUAAGGAAGAUACCAGUUGAAGCAUUGCAGCCUAUGACAAUGUUAGAAGACCUAGACCUCAGCAAGAAUGGCAUACACGAUCUACUGUUAAAAAGAACUGAAACUUCCUUGAAGGGAUUAAAAAGGUUGAAUUUAAACGGCAACCGGAUUCGGUCGAUAGUGAAAGAUUCGUUCCCUGAAAACAAUAACAUUGAGCUCCUGGAUUUAUCUAACAACAUAAUUGAGGUGGUCGAGGAAGAUGCGCUGUUGUCCCUCACAAGUUUAAGGGAAUUGAACCUUGCACAGAAUAACAUAACGUUCACAUUCGCACUACCUUCGACGCUCCAGAUCGCUAUAUUGAAGAUAAACACUUUAUACCACUGGCCCAAGUUUCCCAGUGGGAUCACGUUUGUCGAUUUGUCUUACAACCGAUUGUCUGCUUUAUAUGACGAGAGUAAUGUGGAAUUUGAAAAUCUUGAGAUUCUCAGCAUUGGAGGGAACCAAAUAAAAGAUUUUUACAUCGAGAAGAAACUACCAAAACUAUUUAGCUUGGAUAUAUCGUACAAUUUGUUACAAGACGUGCCAAAGUGUUUGAACAGCCAAACCUUUCCCAAAUUAGAAGAUCUGAGGCUAGAUGGAAAUCCAAUAGAAAGCAUUUAUUUUAAGAAUAUCAUAGCAUUGAAAAAUCUUUAUAUGAACGAUUUAAAUAAACUAAACGUGGUUGAAGAUAAAGCGUUCAGCAACGUGAUUGGCAGAGCGGGAGAUGAGGGUUUAUUUGAUACGGGCUGUUUCUCCCUCUAUUUAUCGAAUUGUGGUUCGCUGAGGAGCAUAGAGGAAGGGGCGUUUGAUGCGACGACCUUGUGUAUGUUAGACAUAAGCAAGAACAACUUAACGUCGCUAUCAAGGACCCUACUGGACUGGAAGUCACUCCCAGAAGGCGCCAACCUACAGUUCAAUCCGUGGCAUUGUUCCUGCGAACUGCAAUGGCUGUUAGAUGACUUACUGCCGCAGAUGUAUCGCGCAAACUCACGGCUUCUAACAGAAUUGAGAUGUGGCUCUCCCCGAGCUUACGAAGGUCUGCGCUUGGUGCACUGGUACAACUGGACAGAGCAGGCAAUGUGCAACGAUGACCUCAGCAUGAGAUCCGGCCCAUACGGCACGUAUAUGGUCGAAGAGUCCACUGAAGGCCUCCCAAAAGUGACCUCUCUCACGCUUAUCCUCGGAGGUUGCAUCAUAGUCGCGUUACUGGUCGCGAUCGCUCUUGUUGUUUAUCUCGUAAGAACCCGCAGAAGGCACCGAAUAAGGCAGGCGGCGUUGAACCGCAAGCGACAGAGCGCGGCCGAUGCUAAGAACACAAACGGAACGGAGAAAGAGCAGUUUUCUGCUUUGAACAAAGCGUGAAAUGUAUGCCAAAUACGAUCUUCCUUAUCAUCGUUAUCAACCCAUUACCGACCCACCACAGGGCACAGUAGAUAAAUAUCAUAGAAUUAAGAACAUCCAGAACCCUCAUUCAGCCAUUAUUGUAUGCAGUGCAUUGUCUCCAAAAACAGUGAAAACGCCCUACGCACGUCUCAUUACACACCCGCCAGUGGCGUGCACUGAGUUUUCUACCAGGGUAUGCAAUAUUG